CUUGCCGUUUUUCCCCUUUACAAUCAGACGUCUAACGCGUCCUUUCUUUUUCUUCUUCUCUACUUUUGCCCCAUGAGGCUUUUUUAUCACACCAUAGCAGUUCGUCACAAAUACAAGACUAAUCGCAUGACAUGCAUGGAUGUACCCCGCAAAAAAGCAACCAGUAAGCAAAAAAUAAUCAGAGUAAAAACAAAACUUACACGUCUACCCCGCCUGUCAAAACAUACCAGACAAACACUCAUACAUGCAUCUACACACACAUGUUGCCAAAAGUAG